AUGGACGGCGACAGGAUGGACCUUGACUCGACGUCCCAGGGCCCGCGGGGCCUCAAGCGGCCGGCGCCAGACACAGACGCAGAAGCAGAGACGACAAACGCCAGCUCGUCCCUAGCUGGUGCUCCCGGCGCUUCUGUUGCUUCUGCUGCUGCUGCUGCUGCUGCGACGCCCAGGAAGAUCCAGGUGAGUCACGUGAUACAUUUCGAUUCGGGGGGGGGGAGAGGGAGAGCAGACCUUACUGACGGCCGGAAGGCGCUGGAUCCGGACGUUAUCAACAAGAUUGCGGCUGGGGAGAUCAUAGUGGCUCCUAUGCACGCAUUGAAGGAGCUGAUUGAGAACUCGGUGGACGCUGGCUCAACUUCCGUGGAGAUCCUGGUUAGGGAAGGGGGCCUGAAACUCCUCCAGAUCACCGAUAAUGGCCAUGGAAUCGACCACGAUGACCUUUCAAUUCUGUGUGAGAGAUUCACGACGUCAAAGCUCCAGGCCUUCGAAGACCUCUCCUCCAUCGCUACAUACGGGUUCCGUGGUGAGGCCCUGGCAAGCAUCAGCCAUGUUGCCCAUUUGACAGUGACAACGAAGACGGCCGGAUCAAGCUGUGCCUGGAGAGCUCAUUACAGUGAUGGAAAGCUUGUACCCGCAAAACCAGGACAGAAUGCCUCCCCCAAGCCCAUUGCCGGACGCAAAGGCACCCAGAUCACCGUAGAAGAUUUGUUCUAUAACGUUCCAACCAGGCGUCGUGCAUUCAGGUCGGCAAGUGAAGAGUAUGCAAAGAUCCUUGACAUCGUUGGCCGCUAUGCUGUACACUGCAGUGGAACUGCGUUUUCCUGCAAGAAGCACGGCGAAGCUGGCGUCAGCUUGUCAACUUCGAUAAACUCCUCGAUCCUCGACCGGAUAAGACAACUACACGGUGGUGCUGUGGCUAACGAGCUGGUCUCCCUCGAGGUGGAUGGCAAGCGGUGGGGGUGCCGUGCUUCAGCAUGGGUUACCAACGCCAACUACCAUGCUAAAAAGACCACUCUCCUUAUUUUCAUUAAUCACCGUGCUGUCGAGUCCACCGCCAUCAAACGAGCCGUGGAGCAAACUUAUUCGACUUUCCUUCCCAAGGGUGGACAUCCAUUUGUCUACCUUGAUCUUGAAAUUGAACCCCAACGCCUUGAUGUGAACGUCCAUCCCACAAAGCGAGAAGUCAACUUCCUAAAUGAAGAUGAAAUCAUCGAAUCCAUCUGCAGCGCCAUAAGGACCAAGCUUGCUGCGGUAGACUCAAGCCGUACGUUCAUGACACAAACGCUUCUCCCCGGAAUUCGCCCCCCAGAACCAGCUACGUUAGCGGGGGACGCUUCUUCAGGGGCAGAGGGUGAAAGAUUAGCUCUUCGAACGGUUGCUGGAACGAAACGGCCUUAUGAAAAUAAUCUUGUUCGGACAGAUGCGAAAUUGCGGAAGAUAACAUCCAUGCUUCCUCCUGCAGGCUCAGAGACGGUCCCUGGAGACAAGCCAAACGGCAACCAAGGCCUCGCUUAUCAAAAAGUUAACCGGGAACCGGUUAACAUUCGACUUACCUCCGUUAAAAACCUGCGUGCAGCUGUUCGUUCCUCCAUGCACAAUAAUCUCACCGAAAUAUUUUCUUCGAAUACCUACGUCGGCCUCGUGGACGAGCGACGCCGGGUUGCCGCAAUACAGUCCGGCGUCAAGUUAUACCUAGUGGAUUAUGGAAUGGUGUGCAAUGAGUUCUUCUACCAACUCGGACUUACAAACUUCGGAAACUUUGGAUCGAUCAAUCUCGAGUCAUCUCCGAAGCUUGUGGAUCUUCUUUCCCUAGCUGUUGAGGUGGAGCGUGACGAAUACUACCGCAACAAUCCACCAGAUGGAGAUGCGGCUUCAGUCGCGUCAGAUGCCAGCCGCAGCAUAGACGAAGGCAUUGUUGUCGAUUUUGCUUCUGUUGCAGCCACUGUGGCCAAGCAUUUAAUCGACCGAAGGGAAAUGCUAAAGGAAUAUUUCUCGCUUUCCAUAUCCGAGGAUGGAUGCUUAUUAUCGAUACCUCUGCUUUUGAAAGGAUACAUGCCAUCUCUUGUGAAACUGCCGCGGUUUCUUCUCCGUUUAGGCCCAUAUGUGGACUGGAGUGGCGAAGAAGCCUGUUUCCGCACGUUCUUGACGGAACUUGCAGCCUUUUAUACACCAGAGCAACUACCAACUCCAUAUUCAUCUAAUACCCCGCAAGGGGGAUGUGGGAGACAGCCUGGCCCUGGUGCUCGAGAAAGUAGCCCACACUCCAUAGUCUCUGACAUCUCAAGAGAAAAUGGCGUCUCUGCCACUGAAAGCCCACAGGCAGAUCAGUCCUCCAGUCAUGACGAAGAUGAAUCGGAAGAUGAAUCAGUUACUCGUCGACGAGAGCAGUUGUCAUGGAUGCUUGAACACACCCUGUUCCCCGCUAUACGCUCACGGUUAGUUGCUACUAACGACCUUGUUCGAGGUGUGAUCGAAGUAGCAGACCUGAAAGGACUUUAUCGAGUUUUUGAACGCUGCUAG